AUGGCAUUAACAAAAUCAAUAAAGUUUCAUGCUGGUAAAGUAAAAUAUGAUGAAGAAACAAAUAGAUGUACACCAUUACCAUACAAGGGAGUUAUAUCAAUAAAACCAAGUACAGAAGAACCAGAUUUUUUAGAUUUUAUAUGGACACCAAAACAACAAGAUCAAACUCAACAAAUUAAUGGAUCACAACAAAUUGAAAAAGAUGAAUUAUUAUUAAUACCUGGUGAUGUUUCUAUUAAAAUAAUAAAAUCUUGUAAUACUGGUCGAGUUUUUUCUUUUACUUUUUCAAGUAGUGGAGCAAAAUAUCUUUAUUGGUUACAAGAUAUUGGAGAUAUUGAUAAUUUAAGUAAAUUUACUGAAAAAGAUAAUAAAUUAAUUCAACAAAUUAAUACUUUGAUAAGUACUGAAAAUGAUGGGUUGGAUGAAGAUAAACAGUAA